ACCAAAUGGAACUUUGUGGAGAAGCCGAGAAUCCUUCUUCAUCUAAGGAAAAGAUGAGUAUGGACCUGCUGUCCGUGAAACAGGAAGAAGAGGGAGGAUACUCUUUUGGGGCCUCAUCCGUGUCCAUGGAACAUGAUGUUACUGUCACUCACGACGCUCAUGAGGAGAAGAUGGAAAAUGGUCAAAUCUCACCCGAUGGCUUCUUGUCAAAAUCUGCUGCCCCAGAGCUUAUGAAUAUGGCAGGAGAUAGUAUCCCACCCGACCAAGUGGAUUCUCUGUCUGAUGAUUUCACUAGUCUCAGGAAAGAUGGCCUGAUGCACAAUCCUGGUAGUAAUGCACUCAUAGGAGGAACCAAGAACUGCAAUGUCUCUGUAGAGGAUCGAAAAGUGUCAGUAACAUCUGCUUUGGAAACUGGGCCAAAUACGUUGCAAAUAACUCCUGCUAUGGCACAAGGAAUCAAUGCUGAUAUAAAACACCAGUUAAUGAAGGAAGUUCGAAAAUUUGGACGAAAGUAUGAAAGAAUUUUCAUUUUGCUUGAAGGAGUGCAAGGACCUCGUGCAGUGAGGAAACAAUUCAUUGAAUUUACAAUCAAGGAAGCUGCAAGGUUCAAAAGACAAGUCUUAAUUCAGUACCUUGAGAAGCUACUAGAAUAAAAUAGAAUCCCAUCACC